AUGGAAGGAAGUGAAUCAAUGAAUUCCAAUGAUACGAAAUUCCAAACGAUUGCUACGAAGUCCCUCAUAGAUGUUGAAAGUCUGGAUGCAAAUGAAAUUCCAUCGGCUGAUAAAGUGCAAAAAAUGAUAGAACGCUUCUCAUGCACCUUUGCCGAACGAUAUCCAGGACCAGGACCAGUAUCAUUCAUUGGUCCGCUCGACGAAGCUUUGAAACAUUCUUUAUUUGAAUCCACAUCUCCUUGUCCACUUAUUCUCUACAUACAUCAUGAUCAAAGUAUAGCUGUGAAUAUUUUCUGUCGAUAUGUCUUAUGUGUAGACAUGAUCACUGAUUACUUGGCUGAACAAUUUCUAGUUUGGAUAUGGGAUCGAACACGAGAUGUCGAUUAUUCUAUGCUAUUGUCAAUGCUAUUCAAAUAUACAACUAAAGAAGUGACAACAACAAUAGCUUCAUAUCCAAUUGAUGCAUAUCCAUUACUCGUCUGUCUUUCUAUUCAUCAAAAUCAAAUUGAUAUAGUGUCUACCAUCAAAGGUACGAUGUCGAGUGAAGAAACAUUUGUUAAUCUUGUAGAAACACGUAAAAAAUUCGAUCGUCGAGCUGAACUUCCACAUUCGAAUAUUUGUCGUACCAAUAUUAUUUCAAAUGAAAAUCAGUCAAUGCUAGCAAAUGUCUUAAAACCACACACUAAAUAUUCACCUAUUACAGAAAGAAUAACUAGAGAUUUUAAGAAUUCAUUUAUGCAGAUUAUUCGUAUUGACCAAGUUGAAAACGAAACAUGGUUGAAAGAAUAUCUUGAACAGAAGAAACUUAUCGAUGUUCGACUUGGUCAUGAUAACAGUGAACAGUAUCUUUUUCAUGGAUGUUCACGUUCAGCUGCUGAAAAUAUUAUUCAACACGGUUUUGAUCAUAAACUUAUUGGCAUGCACGGCGUAUUAUACGGCUAUGGAUUCUAUUUUUCUUCCGAUCAUCGUAUUAGUCAUAUGUAUGCAACUCAGGAUCGGUUAACUCAUAACGAAAGAACUAUGCUUCUAUGUCGGGUACUUAUUGGUCGAACGUGUCUAGGUAAUUCAACCAUGAGAAUGUGUCCAACUGGAUAUGAUUCAACAACAAACGCAUCAAAUAUAUAUGUUGUAUAUUCGAAUCAACAAAUCUUCCCUGUAUAUGUCAUCACUUAUACAGAAAAACUUAAUGCUAACGAAAACGAUUUCGAUGCUUAUAGAAAUAAGGCAUUGAGUACAAGACUCUGUAACUUAUUAUGA